AUGACUACAAGUCAAUUUGAACAAUUUGAGUAUGUAUGGGGAGAUGCAGGUGGAAUUAGUAGUAACGAUGCUGUGAAUAUAAUCGAAUCUGUUACUAUUUCUGGCGUGAAUCAAACAUUUGGGUCUAUAGAUGGUAAUGGUCAAGAUGGAAAUGAUGGAACUCCUGAACGAGGCGGUGGAGCAGAGGGAUCAGGUGGUGGUGGUGCUGGAUACCUUGGCGGACUAGCUAAACCUUCUCCUGAAUAUUGUUCUCCUGGUACUGGCGGAAGUUCUUAUAUUUCUGGACAUCGAGAAUGUUUAAUUGAACCGAGAUUUACUUUCACUAACAUUGUGUUGAAGAAUGGAACCGAAACUAAGUAUGAUGGCGAUGGAUAUGUCAUCAUUUCUCGAAUUUAUGAUGAUAAUUCUUUAUGCAGAUACGUAAUCUUCGCCUUUCGAUCUCAUACUCUUUUACCUUUUAUUUCUUUGAGUAAAUAUUAA